AUGGGAUUGAACGAGAGCUAUGGUAACAUUCGAAGUAAUGUCUUGGCAAAAAGGCAUGUAAUUAUAGUGAAUGAAGCCUAUGCAAUAGUUACACAAGAAGAAAGUCAAAGGACCCUAGGAGUCACAGAUACAUUGAAAGAUCCUCUUACAAUGCUGGCUGGAAAAGGUUAUGAGUUUAAGCCUAAAAGGAUAGGAUUAAUCUGUGAUCACUGUGGUUACAAAGGACAUUUAAAGGAAAACUGCUACAAGAUAGUGGGAUAUCCACCAGAUUUCAAAAGCAAGAAGAAAGGGCAAAACUCAAGAGGCAAAACUUAUGUGAACAGUGCAACUAGUGAAGAGAAGCAUGUGCCAAUGAUCCCCACACAAGGAAAUUUCUUCACUGAGGAGCAAUACAAACAACUGGUAAAUUUGUUGCAGAAGACUACCACAGAUGAGUGUUGCACUAAUACUGCAGGUAUCUUUACUUUAAUGUCAAAUGCAGGUGUUAGUGAUCAAGAUUGGAUAGUGAAUUCAGGUGCUACUCACCAUGUGACACAUUGUAAGAAUGCCUUAAAUAACCUUAGAAAGGCAGAUCAUAGAGCAGAUGGAGUACAGUUGCCUACAGGCAGUAGAGCAGAAAUUACACAUACAGGAGAUGCAGUAGUUUUAGGGAAUAAAACUAUUGAGGGAGUAUUGUAUGUGCCAGACUUCAAAUUCAACAUAUUGUCAGUGUCUAAGCUCACUAGGAAAUUAUGUUGCUCAGUUGGAUUUUAUCCUGAUUUUUGUAUAUUUCAGGGUCUUUACAAUGGCAAGGUGAUGGGGAUUGGUAGAGAAAAUAAUGGGUUGUACCUAAUAAGAGAAAAUUUGUCAAUAGCAGCAAUCAGUUUCUUGAAGGAGCAUGGAGAAACAACACUACGGCGUCUAAGGCUUGGUCAUGCAUCAACCAAGGCAAUGCAGCAUAUUUCAGAACUGAAGAAUAAGAUACAGACAGGUAGAGGAAACAACUGUGAAACUCAAUUUGAAGCUACUGUGAAGAUUGUUAGAUCAGAUAAUGGUACAGAGUUUUUCAACUCUCAGUGCAAUACUUUAUUUGAUUCUCUGGGAAUUAUACACCAAAGUAGUUGUCCAUACACCCCACAACAAAAUGGGAUGGUUGAACGAAAGCAUAGGCAUAUACUGGAGGUUGCAAGAGCCUUGAAAUUUCAAAGCUCAAUUCCUAAGAGAUUUUGGGGUGACUGUCUAGAGCUAAGAAGGCUGUUCUCAUUGGAUACACAGAAGGGUUAUAGGUUAUAUGAUUUAGAGAAUAGAAGCAUCUUUGUUAGCAGAGAUGUGGUCUUUAAGGAGCAGAGUUUUCCUUUUGAGAAAGAUGUUGAUUCAGACUGUACAGAGGGUUUAUUUGCUUCACAACCUCCAGUUGUGGAAGAAACUAGACAUCAACCACAAGCUCCUAUGAUUACAACUCCACCUCAGAGCAUACAAGUGCCAGUUAAUGCAAAUGGCACCAUAGAGGUAGAGACUGCUGAUAUGGAUUUGGUCACAGACCAUGCAGAAUGUAGUGAUAAUCAUGAAGCUUCAGAUAAUCUGGAUCCAGCCAUAGUUCAUGUAGAGUCUGAUAUGCACCAUGAGAUCCCAGCAGAUGAUGCAGCAAAUGAGAAUCUCUUUCCUAUCAUCUUGGAACCAGAAGUUGAGACAAGCAUAGAAGAGGCAGGAUCAGAAGAUGUACACUCACAGUCACCAUCUAUAGAGGGACAGACUAGGAAAUCUAAUCGACAAGGAAAGGGAAGGCCUCCUGUAUGGCUUAAGGAUUACAUCACUAAGGCCAAGACACAUACAAAUACUAUUCUAUCUCCUGCUUACCAGUCAUUCCUCAAUGUUUUUUCAGUUUUAACUGAACCACAAUCCUUCAAGGAAGCUGCACAUGAUCCAAGGUGGAUAGAAGCCAUAGAUCAAGAAAUUAGAGCGCUUGAAGAAAACCAUACAUGGGAAAGGGGUUAUUUACCAAAAGGAAAGAAACAUAUUGGUUCUAAAUGGGUGUUUAAGAUCAAGUAUAAGUCAUCUGGUGAGAUUGACAAGUUUAAGGCACGGCUGGUAGCUAAAGGAUACACACAACAAGAAGGGCUAGACUAUCAUGAGACUUUUUCACCAGUUUCCAAAAAUGGUAACUGCGAGAACUGUCUUAAGCAUAGUAGCCUCAAAAGGAUGGAUCCUCUAUCAAAUAGAUGUCAAUAA